AUGACGGAGGCCGACCCCAUCGAGCUGCAGAGCACCUACUCCUGCUUCAUGGCGUCGCCGCCGCUGGUCGUCAACUUCACCUAUGCGCUGCCCCAGCCCGUGGUCGAGGUGCCGCCGGUGGACCCCAUGACCACCCUGGGGCUGCCCCCCUUCUCGUCGCUGGAUGACCUGCGCAGCUCCCUCAAGAUGCCGCAGGCACCGAUCAAGCCGCCGCGCGCCGCCUCUUCCUGGGACCACUCGCCGUCGCCCCUGGCCUUCAGCCCCAGGCUGGCGCUGGCCGAGGUCGUGAGCACCGCCGAGUCCACCAAGCUGGUGGCCAGGAAGGUGAGGCAGGUCACCUGCACCGCGGGCCCCGCGUUCAACACGCGCAGCACCAGCCGCCGCGACAGCGCCAUUGCCUACCGCACGCGCGCGCGCAGCAUCUGGUGA